CUUCUGCUGGCAAGAAGGUAAAGGGAACAGGCUGGAAGAAACACAGGCUCUUGCUGGAAGUCUCUCCUCAGACACUGAGUCGGUGAAAACUUGUUCCAAGAAAGGAAAAACAAAAUGGCUGUAAUAAUGGAGUUGAGUUCCACAUUAGAGAACAGUGAGUUCCCCCAUGAAUUGCAAGUAGACGAGAAGCACACUCCCAGGAAAGUUCCAAGCUUUUGUUCCAUUCGCUACGGAAUAGCCCUCAUUGCACAUCUCUUCAACUUCAUGCUGGCUGCACAGAAUGCCGUCCUGACUAUCACCAUGGUAGCCAUGGUAAACAGCACAGACCACCAGUCCGACAUCAACAAUUCUACCGAGGGGCUCCCUGUAGAUUUACCAGGUGGCCCAGAUAAAGCCCCAACGAGUCUUCCUGCAAAGGCCCCUGUGUAUGACUGGAGUCCUCAGACCCAAGGCAUACUCUUCAGUUCCAUCAACUAUGGCAUGCUGCUGACAACGGCCCCCGGGGGAUACCUGGCAGGGAAAAUGGGAGCAAGGAAAGUGGCCGGUGUCGCUUUAUUGGGAUCAUCACUUCUCGCUCUCUGCAUCCCUUUGGCAGCUAAUCUUGGACUAUCUUACCUCAUUGCCACUCGAGUAGUCCAGGGUCUAACCCAGGGCUCAGGAUUUGGAGGUCACUUUGCACUUUGGCCAAGAUGGGCUCCUCCACAUGAACGAAGCAGACUCUGCAGCAUUUCUUUAUCAGGAAUGAUACUGGGAAUUUUCAGUGCUAUCCUCUUUGGUGGCAUCAUUAGUCAAGCCCUUGGAUGGCCCUUUGUCUUCUAUAUCUUCGGAGGCCUUGGCUGUGUCUCGAGCCUUCUCUGGUUUCUUUUGGUGUAUGAUGACCCUGUCUCUCACCCAUGGAUAGGCAUCUCAGAAAAGGAGUACAUCUUAUCAACCUUGGACCAACAGGUCAGCUCAGAAGAACAGUAUCUUCCCAUCAAAGCUAUACUCAGUUCUCUACCCCUUUGGUCCAUUUGUCUGUGCAGUUUCAGCCAUCAGUGGUUAAUUAACACGCAGGUUAUGUACAUACCCACUUACAUCAGUCACGUGUACAAAGUCAACAUCAGAGAUAAUGGCCUCUUGUCUUCCCUUCCUUUCCUUGUUGCCUGGAUCAUUGGUCUCCUGGGAGGCCAGCUGGCAGAUUUCCUUCUGACCAAGAAUUUUAGAUUUGUCACUGUGAGGAAAAUUGUCUCAUUUCUAGGUCAACUUCCCUCUUCAGUACUCGUUUUGACCCUGUUCUACCUCCGUUCCAGCUAUGUCACAACAAUUGUAUUUCUCACGCUGUCAUGUGGACUAAGCCCCUUAAGUCAGUCAGGGGUCUAUAUCAAUGCCUUAGAUAUUGCUCCAAGAUAUUCCAGUUUUCUUCUCGGAGCCACAAGAGGAUUUGCACACAUAUCAGCUGUGCUGGUACCAAUCGUCAAUGGGUUUCUCCUCAAUCAGGACCCUGAGUUUGGGUGGAGGAAUAUAUUUUUCUUGUUGUUUGCCAUUAGUGUAUUAGGAUUGGUCUUCUACCUCAUAUUUGGAGAGGCAGAUGUCCAAGACUGGGCUAAAGAGAGGAAACUCACUCGUUUAUGAAGGUCGAGAAGCAGACGAUCCAGAAGGAAUGAGCACUGGAAUCCAAAGAAUGAUCUCUGAACAUUAUUUCCUUUUAAAAAAAAUCCCAGUAUAAGAACAAGAAAUAUAUGAGCCUGGAAAAUGUUUUGGUGUUAGCAAACAAGGAACUCAUGCAAGACCAAGAGACAUAUGAUGACAUGCAGCCAGCUUCUUGGGAAUUCCCUUUGAGACAGAGGAGAAGAACAUGACUCAUUUUUCCUUGCCCCAGCUGGGGUACAGGCACAGUAUGACUUGGCCUGUGGCCAGCACACCUCUCCUCUUUGCUCGCCUGUGCUAUCCCUUGGAUCCCAGUGGACAGGAAAGUUUGCUUCAGUGUCUUCCCUGACUAUCAAACUGCCAUUCUCCACUCCAACAUAAGUGCAGCUAGACUGUGUGGGGUCCCUCCCCAACUUCUGCCACUGAAUUCUGUACUGUUGCAUUUUUGAGAACAGAGAGAGCAUCCAAGAAUAGCCAAGAUCAAUCUGGAUCCCUUAUGUGUAUACCCAGCAUUCCCAAAAAGCCUUCCAGAAGAUUCUCUGGUUUCAGCCCCCAUUCUCACCUACAUAGGCCUACAAGUUGUGAUAUAAGCACUUCCAAGCCACUUCUCUAAUUUUAGUAUAAGAGGGCUCCCUUCCAUGUAUCAGCACCCCUGUGCUAUAGCACAGACCCUAUUACAAUAAAAGCUCACUUUAGUGUUCCUAUAAA